AUGGCCUCCCUCGCCGCCUCUCUCCGGUCCUUGACCCUCACCACCGCGCGCGCGACGAUCCCUCGCGUCGGCACGACAGCUACGGCCACGCGCGCCCUGUCGACAGCGAUCCUGACCAAGAAGCCGGCGCAAAAGACUGAGUCGGUGCUCGUGGCGUUCGGCCAGAAGACCGCGGCCGUCGGCAACGCGGUGGUGCAGCAGACGAGGGGGAUGAAGGUGCACAGCUCCGUCAAGAAGAGGUGUGAGCACUGCAAGAUCGUCCGUCGCAAGGCGGGUAAGAGGCACAACGGAUACCUGUACGUCAUUUGCAAGGCAAACCCCAGACACAAGCAGCGCCAGUCUUAG